CCACAGAGUCGGAAAAUGUGGGGCGCCCUGCUUGGGCCGCUGCUCCAGCUCCUGCUGCUGCUGCUGCCGCCCAGGCAGGGCGUGCACGCCGCGCUGCCCCAAGCCCCGGGCUAUUUGAUCACUGCACCCUCUGUCUUCUGCUUGGGAGUGGAAGAAGUUAUCAGCGUGACCAUCUUUAACUCCCCAAGGGAAGUCACCAUCCAGGCUCAGCUGGUGGCCCAGGGCGAGGCAGUGGCAUGGAGCCAUCCUGGAUCCCUCCGCAUUGAGAAAGCCCCUGUUUGUAAAGGGACAAUCAAACUCAAGGUUUUCCAGGAAUUGGAAGAUUACGAUGUUUCUGAUGCCUUUGGGGUGUUGCGGGAGGACACACCCUCCUGGUGGGCUGGGCUGACCUCCCGACGAGGCCGGCGUUCCGUCUUCCAGUGGCCCUGGGGCGUCACCAAGGACUCCGGGUUUGCCUUCACGGAAACCGGACUGGUGGUGAUGACUGACGUAGUGAGCCUGAACCACUGGCAGGAUGGUGGCCGAUACACCGACGAGGCUGUCCCUGCCUUCUAGCCCCACACAGGGAGCCUGGUGGCAGUGGCAUCUUCCAGGCAACCUCCCAGAGCAGAGAAGAGGAAAAGGACCUUCUUUCUGGAAACAUGGAUUUGGCACUAUCUGAACGUUGGCGACCUGUCUGGUGAGGAGACAUUCAGUGUCCAGGUCCCUGACUCCAUCACCAGCUGGGUGGGCGAGGCUGUGGGUCUGUCCUCUGCACAGGGCCCGGGCAUCGCCAAGCCCUCCCUGCUGAAGACCUUCAAGCCCUUCUUUGUGGACUUCAUGCUGCCCCACCACGUGGUCCGCGGGGAGCAGGUCAAGGUCCCGCUGAGCAUCUACAACUACUUGGGCACCUGCCCUGAGGUGUACGUGAAGAUCUCCGUUCCCAAGGGCAUCUGGUUUGUCGAGCACCCCGGCAAACAUCAUCUGACCAAGGAGAUGUGUGUGGCUUCUGGGGAGACUGAGCCCGGCUGGGUGGUCCUGUCCUUCAGCGACCUGGGCCUCAGCAACAUCACUGCCAGAGCCCUCACUUAUGGAGAAGCAAGCUGCUGCCAGGAAGGGAGGCCCGUCAGACACACACAGGAGACUUACGCUGACAGGAGGGUCCCCGUUGGGAGGGACCACAUCGGGCGCAGUGUGACCGUCGAGAACAAGCGGCUCACAGCCUUUGUCCUGAAGUCCUUUGCCCGCAGGAGCUUUAUCUUCAUCGACCCGCGGGAGCUGGCAGCUGCCAAGAGCUGGAUCGUUCGGCGGCAGCAGGCAGACGGCUCCUUCCCAGCCAUAGGCAGGAUUCUGAACAAGAACAUCCAGGGUGGAAUCCAUGGCACAGUCCUGCUGACGGCCUACGUGGUGCCUGCACUUCUGGAAACGGACGCGGCCUUGGAGGAGGAAAGGGACGCCAUUGCCCGAGCGCAGCCCUUCCUGGAGUCUAGUGUUGCCCUGGCCUCGGAUCCCUACAUCAGCGCCCUGACUGCCUCCGCGCUGGCCCUCCCCACGGACCCCGCGGCCCUGCGGAAGCUACGCAGCCUGUCCAUCACGCAGGAUGGGGUCACCCACUGGAGCCUGACGGGGUCCCCAGACGGGAACAAGGACACCUUCCCGAGCUCCCGUGGCAGGGUCUCACCGGCAUUGAUCUCGGCAGAGAUGGAACGGGCGGCCUACGCCCUGCACUACACCCUCCUGGGUGACGUGGCCACGGCCCUGCCCGUGGUGAAGUGGCUGUCCCAGCAGCGGAACGCUCUCGGGGGCUUCUCCUCCACUCAGGACACCUGCGUGGCUCUGCAGGCCUUGGCAGAGUAUGCCAUCUUGUCCUCUGCUGAAGUCACCCUGAUGGUCUCACUGGCCUCCACCAACCUGGACGACCAGGGGACCUUCGUGCUGCACGGGGCCACCCAGAAGGCUCUGCAGAUGGCAGGGAUCCCCAGCCUCCCCACGGGGCUGUUCAUGAGUGCCAAGAGUGAAGGCUGCUGCCUGAUGCAGAUUGACGUCACCUACCAUGUGCCAGACCCGGUGGCCAAGCCAUCCUUCCAGCUGCUCGUGAGUCUCCAGGAGCCGGAGGGUGAGCGGCCCCAGCGCCCUGCCCCAGCACCCUCAGCCGAUGACGAUGACCCAGCAGCCGACCAGCAUCACCAGGAGUACCAGGCGACCCUGGAGGUGUGCACCAGGUGGGCUGCGCCAGGGUCCUGCAACAGGGCUGUCCUGGAGGUGCCCUUGCUGUCAGGCUUCCGGGCGGACGCGGGGAGCCUGGAGCAGCAGCUCCUUGACUGGUGCGUGGCCCUGAAGAGGUACGCGGUAGCUGGACGCAGAGCGCUCUCCUACUUUGAUGAGAUCCCCCGCCCACGCCUGACUUGCGUGCAGCUCUGGGCGCUCCGAGAGCACGAGCACGUGGUGGGCAGGACCUCCGCGCUGCCUAUCACUAUGUACGACGACUACGAGCCCGCCUUUGAGGCCACCCGCUUCUACAAUGUCAGCGCGCGCAGCCCGCUUGCCCGGGAGCUGGGCGCAGGGCCCGCGUGCAACGAGGUGGAGCGCUCCGCAGCUCAGGGCCCGGGCUGGUCUCCGGGAGAGAGGGGCCCCUCGCCUGACCCCGAGGAGGGGGCGACAAUCGCGCGCUGCGGCUGCGCCCGAGCCUGCGGCGCCCGCAGGGACGUGGUGUGCGGCUCCGACGGCGUCCUCUACGCCGGUGCUUGCUGCCUGCAGGAGGCCGCCUGCCGCAGGGGCCUGAGGUUGGAGUCUGCGCCCCUGCGCCGCUGCCCCCUUGAGCAUCCGAGGCCAGCCUCUGCUUAUAACUACAACUAUGACCCAGUCCCCCUGGACCCUGGGCACCUGGCAGUCAGCCAAGAGGCCAUGGACUUGGAGGGGGAGGCAGAAGGCAGUCAGAGUGGCUUCUCUUCCUGA